AUGGGCACCCGUGAUGAUGUCCCCACAGCCAGGGCUCUGGCUCCAGUGGCUGUGUACUGCGGGAGCGUCCCUCGGACCAGCGCUGGGCCCCGUGUGCUCCCGCCUGGAAGCGUUGACUCCAGUCUGCCGGCUUGUGGAGAAGCCUCCCUCCAGCCCACGCCGAGCGUCCUGCCGAGCAGUGAGAAGCCAUCACAGCUCCAGAGUGGACAUGGGGACCCAGGUAGCCUCAAACUGGAUGCCCCUUUGAAGGGCUGGCAGGCCAGGAAUGGUCACCCCAGAAGCCUUGGGGUCCUGUCUUUGAGGCCCCACUUCCUGGUAGAGCCAGAGGCCAGCAGCGUGGCCCGGGACACCACCCAGAUCAAGGACAAGCUCAAGAAAAGGAGGCUCUCAGAGGGCCUGGCAGCAUCUUCCUCAGCCCUUCUGGAUCCUGGGGGAGGCCCCAAAGGAGCUGCCCUGAGGAGCACGAUCCCCCGUGCCACCUCUCAGAGGCUGCUGAGGGUAUCCAGGCUGAUGCCUCCCAUCCAGAGCAUCCCCACCACCCCCGAGGCCAGCAGGGCCAAGGAGAAGGGCCUGGACCCUCCUGGGAGCAGCCAGAGACCCCAAGAGUUGAGACCUGGCACCCAGGAGGUGCAGAUCUCCCCGCAAUUUCUGCACUGUGAUGACGAGAAGAUGGGGAAGUCACUGGGGGGCUUUGUGGUCCCGCCCAUCCCGAAGGCUGGUGUGCAGGUGGCGGCCUCCUCCUGUGCUCCUGGCGCCCUUCCCAGGCCAUGGCCUCCAGGCCAGGACAUGCCCACAGGCCUGAGGGCCCCACGCACACGAUUGGUUCGGGAGAGUGGGCCUCGAGAGAAGACCCCUAAAUCUCUGGGUACGUAUUCUCUAUGUGCACCCCUUAGGCCAAAGCCUGCCGCUGCGGGGAAGCCCGCCCUGGCCUCUUCCCAGUCCGCUCCGGCACUCACAGCCUUCUCCUUCGGCCACGCCAGAGAAGCCCAACCCUUGCUGAAAGAAGAGGACCAGAAGGAGAGCAGCACUAAGAUCCAGGUCACCAUCUCCAAGUCUGCCCAGGAGAAGAUGCGGCUGAAACAGAUGAGGGAGAUGGAGCUGUUCCGGAGGGCCAAGCAGCCGGAGAGAGAGAGGGAGCUCGGCCCCCAGGGCGUGGGCUCCCGCAGAACCGUAAUGAAGGAAGGCCUCCUUCCCCUCCGGAGCAGCGGGACCCUGUCUGUGCCUACUAGGCUGGGCAGCCCACGCAGAGACAACGUCGGUAGCGCCCUGAGGAAGCGGGCCAACCGGUCCUCACUGCCCAGCAUCCCCGUCAGCAAGCAGGAGCCCCGCUUUGCCCGCCAUGCUUCAGCCAACUCGUUACCUGCGGUGCUAACUUUGGGGUCUCCUGAAUGGGAAGAAGAGGAGGAGGAGAUGGAUCUCAGAGCCUUUAAGGAGUUGAGACCUUUCUCAAACCCGGAGCUGGGGUUGGCAGAUGCCCUCCAGUGCCUCAACAGCAGCGACUGGCAGCUGAAGGAGAAGGGACUGGAGAGCAUCCAGCGCCUGGCGGCCUGUCACGUGGAGGUCCUUGCUGGGAGGCUGCAUGAGGUGUCCUUGGCGGUGACAGGGGAGGUCACCAACCUCCGCUCCAAGGUGUCUCACCUGGCCAUCGGCACCCUGGGAGACCUCUUCCGGGCCUUGAAGAAGAAUAUGGACCAGGAGGCCGAGGAGAUCACCCGCUGCCUGCUCCAGAAGAUGGGGAACACCAGCGAGUUCAUCCAGAGAGCAGCCAACCGGUCCCUGGGGGCCAUGGUGGAGAAUGUGACGCCUGCCCGCGCCCUCGUGGCCCUCACCUCGGCGGGUGUCUACCACCGAAACCCCUUAGUCCGGAAAUGCACAGCUGAGCACCUCUCAGCCGUGCUGGAGCAGAUCGGCGCGGAGAAGCUUCUCUCGGGCUCCAGGGACAGCACAGACACGCUGGUGCACAACCUCGUGAGGCUGGCCCAGGACUCCAACCAGGACACCAGAUUUUAUGGCCGGAAGAUGGUGACUAUCUUGAUGGCGAAUGCCAAGUUCGAUGCGUUUCUGAAGCAGUCCCUCCCGUCGCAUGACUUGCGGAAGGUCAUGGCGGCCAUUAAGCAGCGGGGAAUAGAAGAUAAUGAUAAACUUCCAUCUGCCAAAGGCCACAAGGUGACACGGAGUCUGGUGUGUGAGAAUGGGCUGCCCAGCAAGGAGGGGCUGAGCUCCAACGGCCCAUGGCUGGCGGGGCUGCGCUCCUCCCUGCGGGGUGCGAGGGAGAUGGGGGAGCAGCUGCGGGAGCUGACAAGGCUGCUGGAGGCCAAGGACAGCCGGUCUCGGAUGGAGGGCGUGGCACGGCUCCUGGAGCACUGCAGAGCUGAGCCUGAGCUCAUUACCACCCACCUGGUCCAGGUCUUUGAUGCUUUCACCCCGAGGCUUCAGGAUUCCAACAAGAAAGUGAACCAGUGGGCGCUGGAGUCCCUCGUCAAGAUGAUCCCGCUCCUCAGAGACAGCUUGCAGCCCAUGCUGCUCUCCAUCAUCAUCGCUGUUGCAGACAACCUCAACUCCAAGAGCUCAGGGAUUUACGCUGCUACGGCCACUGUGCUGGACGCGAUGAUCGAGAGCCUGGACAACCUGUGCCUCCUGCAAGCAUUUGCCGGGCGGGUGCGCUUCCUGAGUGGCCGGGCGGUGCUGGAUGUCACAGAACGCCUGCCAGUGCUGGUGGCCUCAGUUUAUCCCCGAAAGCCUCAGGCCGUGGAGCGGCAUGUCCUUCCCAUCCUCUGGUACUUCCUGAACAACAGGAUCGGGAAUGGCAUCCUGUCUGGGCACGGCGGGGACGCCCGCACGGUGGUGCGCCGGCUGUCCAGGAGCCUCCAGGAGCACAUGGGCUCCCGCCUGCAGGACUUGGCCGCUGGCCAGCCAAAGCAUGUCCUCAGAACCCUGCAGGAACUCUUAGACGUGGAAUCCCCAGGAGGCAGCCACAAGGCCACCGACACAGGGGUGGCACCUGACAGCAAGACAACUGGCAGCUCACACCUCUUUCAGCUGGAUUAAAGACGGACCUGAAACGGACAAUUAUUGUUUUUUUAAUCUUAUUUUUAUGAUGGAAUCAUCUCCUGGUCUACUUUCCCCCUUAGAGUUCCAGAUGUAUUUUGAGGUAGAAAUAAAAGAAUUACUUAUUUUUCUAA